AUGUCAGCCUCUGGCCCUUCCAAGGGCCAGAUUCACGUCAAGCUCAUCCAGGCGCGCGGUCUCAAUGCACGCUCCUCACAAUCCAGGCCGUAUGUAGUCGUGCAGUUCGAGCAAAACGAGUUCGUCGGUCGCGAUGCCAUCGAGGAGACCGGGAAGGAAGCCAAAGGCAUCGCGACCAAUCUCUCCCGGCAGUCGUCGUCGACAGCCAUCUCCGCUCUCACUGCCGUGACUAAGGCGAACCCGGGCAAAGAUGGUUCCAAGUCGGGGUCACCUCCUUCAGCCAACGGCGGGGCCUCCAAGGCGGGCCUCAACGGGCUCUUCGGUUCGCGCGUAUCGGCCGUGAAUCCUGUCUGGAAACACGAGGUGUCCUUCGAUGUCACCUCGGAUCUCUCUAUGAUCACCUUCAAUGUAUACGACCGUUCGGCAAGCGAUCCAGGCUUUCUGGGAACAGUACAGAUUAAGCCUGCGCUCGUACACGAUCACACUGUUGACCAGUGGUACAAACUGCGGCCCUUCGAGAACGAGCCGGUGAGCGGGGAGAUGCGCGUACAGAUCACGUUCGAGGCGAACAAGACGAAACGCGCCCUGACCCCGCGUGAUUUCGACUUCCUCAAGCUCAUCGGGCGCGGUACGUUUGGCCGUGUGUUCCAGGUUCGCAAGAAGGACACGAAGCGCAUAUAUGCGAUGAAGGUCCUCUCGAAACGCGAGAUCCUGGCGAAGAAGGAGGUUGCACAUACGCUCGGCGAGCGCAAGAUCCUCCAGCGCUCUCUGGACUGUCCAUUCCUGGUCGGGUUGAAAUUCAGCUUCCAGACGGGCUCGGACCUCUACCUCGUGACCGAUUUCAAGAGCGGAGGUGAGCUAUUCUGGCACCUCCAACGUGAAACGCGGUUCAGUGAGGAGCGCGCGCGCUUCUACAUCGCUGAGCUCAUUCUCGCGCUUGAGCACCUGCACAAAUAUGAUAUUGUGUAUCGGGAUUUGAAACCGGAGAACAUCCUACUGGACGCGACAGGGCACGUCGCAUUAUGCGAUUUCGGCCUGUCGAAACCUGACUUGCGCUCCGACGAAUUGACGAACACGUUCUGCGGUACGACGGAGUACCUCGCCCCCGAAGUCCUCCUAGACGAGCAUGGAUACUCGAAGCUGGUCGACUUCUGGAGUCUAGGUGUGCUGCUAUUCGAGAUGUGUUGUGGAUGGAGUCCAUUCUACGCGGAGGACACCCAGCAGAUGUACAAGAACAUCUGCUUUGGGAAGAUUAGGUUCCCAAGGGGUGUCAUCAACGAGGAUGGGAAGCAAUUCGUCAAAGGGUUGCUGAACCGGAAUCCCAAGCACCGUCUCGGCGCCCAGCGUGACGCGGAGGAGCUGAAGGAGCACCCGUUUUUCAAGACCAUUGAUUGGAAGGCACUCGCGCUCAAGCAGGUCACGCCGCCGUUCAAGCCUGCCGUCGAGUCAGACGAGUCAGUCGCGAACUUCGACCCCGAGUUUACCUCUGCGGACGUGCGCGACGCGGGCCCCGAUGAGAUCAUGGACCUCGACGAAGAAGACCCAUCAGAGGAUUGGGUUGCACUCUCGCAGAGCGUCUCCGCGGCGACGAUGCACACGCCUAAUGGCCCGCUCGGGAGCGACAAGCCGUCGGGCGUCGUGGUCGCGACGGUCGCGCCAGUCACUGCGCCUUCGGCCCCUCCAGCGCCGGCGGGGAUCGAAAUCCAGGGGCAGAGGAAGAAGAAGCGCGGCCCUGCGGGCAGCCCGUUGACGAGCAGUGUGCAGGAGAACUUUAGAGGCUUCACGUACCAUGGCGAAUCGGUCAUUCCGGCUGCGGCAGGCAUGCUUGCGGACGCAAGGGGCGGCGUGGAGGAGGAUGCGGUGUCGCCGCAGGAUGAGGAUGUCAACACGGACGACGAGCUCGCCGACGAGCGGCCUGCGGGACGUUACGCGCGGAGAAGAGGCGACGACGAAGACCAUUUGGAAGGCUUCGAUGAGGACCUGCACUAG